GCUCUGACGCGCGCGUGGGGGCCCCGCUAGGCGCUCUGCUCCCCGGGCCGGGCGCGGUGGCCGCGGAGGUGUCGAAGCGGCCGAGCAGUUUGCGGAGAAAAGGCCGCGAGGAUACUUGAUAUUCAGAAUGGAAGGGGAGCUGAGACUGGUGACUGUAGAAGAUGCAGUGCAGUACCAGCUUUUUCUGAUGCCUUGUGAACCAUGUGACCCAGACCAAUACAGAGAACUUCUUCAGCAGUACAUUGAGAAGAUACUGGUCCAGUUUGCAGCUAUAUUAGUUUCGUAUAUCUGGCAAAAUCAACCUUUUAAUCUUAAAUACAAACCUACUAAAGGAGAUAUCCCUGCACAUAUUGGUGGUGUGACAAAAUUUGGGGAUAAUAUUGAAGAUGAAUGGUUUAUUGUGUACCUCAUACAACAGAUCACAAAGAAGUUUCCAGAAUUAGCAGCAAGUGAACCGAAGUGGUUAAAACCUGAAAACAGUGCCAAUCGGGUGUUUUUCCACCAAGGAGAAUUGUGCAUCAUCUCACCAUCAAAUACUCCUGGAGAAGAGCCUUGGCUACCUGCCAAGAAUCCAACAAUCCUGCAGUCCCUAAUGCUAUUGUCUGCAUACCCAGAGGAUUACCUGGCCACAAAAUCUAUCAGAACAGCAGUAUAUAAACGCAUCAGUGGGUAUCCUGAGAAGAUCCAGGCCUCCCUUCACCAGGCUCACUGUUACCUUCCAGCAGGCAUUGUGAUAGUGUUGAAGCAUCGCCCUGCACUAAUAGCUGCAGCCGUCCAGGCCUUUUAUCUGCGAGAUCCCAUUGACUUAAAAGCAUGUCGCCCUUUCAAAACUUUCUUGCCUGACACCCGUGUAAUGACUGCAGUCACAUUCACUAAAUGUUUAUACGCACAAUUAAUGCAGCAGAAGUUUGUUCCAGACCGACACAGUGGAUAUACAUUGCCUUCCCCUGUACACCAUCAAUACAAAGCACAUGAGCUAGGCAUGAAACUGGCUCAUGGCUUUGAAAUAUUAUGCUCCAAGUGCAAUACAAUUUCUCCUGAUUCUAAGGGGAAAGUGUUAAACAACCAAUUUUGGGCUGAUUUCCUCAACAACCUGAAGAAAAAUAAUUAUUUUAAGGGAGAACUGGAAGGAUCUGCUAAGUACCUGGAACAGCUGCAUAUGGCAGAGAAUUAUUUCCAGCAGUCUGUUAUCAAACCUGAAAGUUCUGUUGCUGUGAGUCCAGGUGAAGAAAUCUUGACCUUGCUACAGACAUUGUCCUUUAAUUUGGAUGAACUUGAAAAAGAAGCUGCUAGUCUUCCUCCAGAAGACGAUGACAGCUGGUUGGACAUCUCUCCAGAUGUUCUGGAUCAGAUCCUGAAUGAGGCAUCAGGUAGGAAUGUAUCCAUUCCUCCCUCAAAUGAGGAAGAUCAGAAGUAUGACUUGGCAGCAGUCACUGAAAGCAUGAAGGCUUUUAUAUCCAAAGUCUCAACACAUGAAGGAGCAGAAACUCCAUGGUCACCUGCUGAGACCUGUGUCACCUUUGAUGUUGACUCUUUUACACACGCUUUAGACAGAAUUUUAGGGGCAGACUCAGAAGAGCUGGACUCAGAUGACUUGGAUGAGGAGGAGCAGUUUGAGUUCUUGGACAGUGAUGAAGACUUGGAUUCUGAAGCCCAUGGCCAAGAGGAAGAGGCAUUGCCAAACCAAAUGGUGGGAAGUCUCAGGUCAUACAUGGAUGAGAUGGACUGCGAACUGACACAUACAAAUGUUGGUAAAAGCUUCGUCACCAAAAGGAAAGAGGUUAGCUCUGCUAAAGAACCUCUGUCUCAAGAUGCUGACUAUACCUUAGAAGAUGAUUCUAAAGCAGGAGGUGCUGAUUUGACACCUGUGGAUAUAGAGCUGAACCUAGUGACUAACCUGCUAGAAUCCUAUAGUGCUCAAGCUGGACUUGCAGGACCUGCCUCUAACAUACUGCAGAGUAUGGGAGUGCAUUUACCUGAAAAUACAGACCAUAGUUGCUUUAAUAGCAGAGCAGUAGAUUAAUCUGUUACCCUGGUUUAGGGGACAGUUGGUACUUCCACUCCCACCUUACAGAGUAAUAGUGUCUGCCACACCACUAUGAAUGGUUUCAAUACUAAACACUUUGAUACAUUUUGCAUAGCUUUAGAAGUAUGUGCAAAAUAAUUAUCUGAUAACAUUUAUCUGAUCUGUUGAAUGCCAAAAGUUGCCUUGGGCAUAAAGCACAAUUUUCUUUUGUGCUAGUGUAUUUUAGAAAAAUUGUGAAGAUUGUUCAGAUUUGAAUGAAAAUCUACGUUUAUUAUAAGAAUUCCGUAUCCAUGUAAACGGCAUAUUAGGUGAUACUGUCACUCGUGAAUGAGUCCAGGUCUUGCUUCCUUUUUCUUUGCCAUUCACAAUUUUUUCAGCUCUUGUAUCCAUUAAUAAGUGUUGAUUUUAAUGCUUAAAAUGUGAACGAGAUGUAGAUCCUCUUGAAAUUCUGCUGUGUCCAGAAGGUUAUAAUAGAUAUCACAUGCAAGCAAUAGUACCCUCUUGCUUUUUUUUUCUUUUGAUAGCCACAAACAUCCAUCUGCCCAACAAGCACCCACAGUUUCUAAAGUAAAAUGUUUCAGUGUAAGGAGUUCUGAUGAGUAGUGAAAAUUGCAUGCAUUUUUUCAAAUAGAGAAUUGUAGAUUUACCAGUCUGAGAAUUGAACUAUUUUUCUGUAAGCAAUUUUUAAUUUAUUUAUAAAUAAAGACAUUCAAAAGUACAACUUGGUUGCUGUAACUUUUUUUCUUUGCAGUUGCACUUAUUUUUUUCUCAGAGCAGUAGUGGAAUUCCUCAGGAUAAAAAUAAUUUCUCAAUACCUUUGUAUUUGAAAGAGAGUUCAUGACCACCUUGACAUUUUUUUCCUUGUUUGAACUACCUACUAUCUCAAGUGGCUAAAGAAUGAUUGUGUCAACAGUAUCUGUAUGUAGUCCCAAUCUAAACAAGUCAGUCUUGCUUUAAUAGAAGUUUUUAAUUGGAAGACAUUUAAUAUUUUAUUUCUAUACAGUAUUGAAAAGUUUACCAUUAAAUCAAUUAGGUCGCAAACCAUUUAAGUUAGACAGUUUUCAUAUAUUUUAUUCAUCUAGUUAUAUUUGAAAUAAAUGUAUAAAAGGUUCCUUCUUCAUGUACUUGCCAAGAUUAAGAUUCAGACUUCUGUGUAGCUUCCCUAACUAUUAAUUAGUGUAGGAAGAGUUCCUUAUUUUGCUUUGGAGAUUAGUAAAGUCAAACUCACAAAGCAGAAGCUUGAAUAACGAUCCUAACAGGCACGUGAAAGCAGAAGUGAUAUUCUAAGUUCUUAAAUAUUUCAUGUGCAGACUUUUAAAUGUUGGUUGCUAGGAAUUGUAAAUAGAUAAAUUUUUUUAAUAAAAAUUCUGCCAUUUUCUUGAUGCUAAAGAAGAAGAGUUUAGCAACUUGUUUCUUUUACUGCUGCUGACUGUCACACCAGUAUUCCAGUCACCAUUAAUAGGAGGCUUAUUAGACCUAUUAGAAGAGAGGCAACACUGUCCAGUUCCCAGACCUAGUGAGUUGAAAGUUAGGAAGGGAAAUCAUUAUAUGGUUUAAAUUGUCAUAUUUCCAGUUAAGACACUGGCUGAAGCUCUAACACAACCUUGCUGAGAUUCCUUCACCUGCAUCUUUGUUUCCCCAUAGACAAAACUAAUAGCUUGCCCAAAUCUGUAAUGUUUUAUACAUCUCUGAGAUACUGGUUAUUGCCAGAACUUGACUAUCUCUACACAAGGUGAAAAUAUGCUAAAUUAUUAAGUAUCAGUAUAAAAUUCAAAGUAAAACUGCUGCAGUUCCUUCUAGGUUCUCCUACUGCUGAUUUCAAUUUGAUCAAAUCUGACUUGGUUAAAUCUCUGUCAUUAAGAAUUUUAUUUAUUCUAUCCAGUUAUCAAUUCUUAUUUCAGAUUGUUGUCCAAUUACCUACAUUAGAAUUCAGUAUAUAAGAAAAAUGCUAGAACAACAUUGCAGUCUUGCCUUUUUGAUGUUUAGAAUAGCGUACUAAAACAUUUUUUCUUUAAUUAUAAUAGGAUUUUAAAUAUGUUUGAUAAUAUCUCAGGGUGUGUCUAGACAGCACCUUUUUGUGAGAAUAAACU